CAACAACACAUUUAUCAACAGUUACAAAUGUAACAACACCAAAAGCAGACCCAAAAGUACAAGAUGAAGGAUACUUGACUGUUUUGAUUUGCGCAGUGUCAGCUUGUGUUGUUAUUUGUGUCAUAAUCAUUACCGUUUUGGUAAUCUGCCUUCGUCGACGGAGAGACAGACAACAACGAGCUAUGUACCACAAAGACGACGAGUAUGCAACCAUAGAUACUACAUCUAAAAAGAAAAACACACACCAAGAUCAAACUCUGCUGUCAACAUCUGCCUCUGUAAGAAAGCCCUCUGCAUGUGAUGGAGACAAUAGUUCGAAAAAUGAUAUGUCCCAGCCUGAUGAACAGUACGCUGAACUGUCAAGCACGUCUAAAGGGUAUGCCAGGGUGUCUUCAAAAAGCCAUUCUAAAACAAAAGAAAAAACCAAACACAACCUGGACAAGUCUACAAGCGACGGUAGGGGGGAAGAUCAAACGAUAUUAUCGUCUGCUCCAAGCAAUGAGACAGAACAAAAGGAAGAAGUUGCUGCACUUUAUAGCACCGUUAAUAAACUAAAGAAGAGAUCCGUGACAGAUGUUGACCCAGUUUCAGCUUCUGACCCAGCUUCUGACCCAGCUUCUGGCCCAGCCUCUGAGUUAAAUGACGUGUAUUCACACUUCACCCACUUAACACAGAGGAAUACUGAGACCGAGAAUGUUUACAACGGAUAGAUUUUAUUUCCAUAUUUAAGUUUGCACGAAUGCAUAACUAAUAAAUAAUAUAUAUGUAUGACUGUGCAAAUCGAAUUGAAGAAAAGUAUUCAUUUAUUAAUUACUAUCGUCAACUAGCAAGGCCUAUCUUUAUUAUUUUUUUUAAAUAUACAUUCUUUUUUUCAUUUUCUCGUAUACAGAGUAUAGAGAAUGUAUUACAAACAUGCAAAAAGAAUUGAAAACGAUAUUUUUCACAAAUCGCGACGUUUUACACCUCCCCAAGUCGGAAAGGAUUUGCAUUUUUUUCAAAGUUUGUGUCCAUCACAAACUGUUUCUGACCAGUAAGCUGACUACGAAAUUUUAUAUGGCUCCUACACUUCGGUUUUGUACCAGUAGAUUGAUUAGAUAGACUAGGUCGCGUAGUUUUUAGAUCCAAUGUCACUUAACUGUCACAGGGCGGCUACCGAUUCUUUCAGUUAGGUUGACGGAAUUUAAAAAAUAUGAUUUUUGUCAAAUUUGUAGUGCUUUAUCAGUUUUUGUCUUAAUUUCCUGAAAACGGAAGUGAUACUUACUCUGUUCCUACUCUCUUAAAAACCUCUAGAUUUUGAGAAUCACAAGCUUUUUACAAGCAUUUAUUUAACUUUCUUUCUCGAUCUUACUAGAUUUUAUUUAACUUGCUCCUUUUGUCUGUCUGUCGUACUUUUAUUUGUUUUGUCGACUGUCAUCAUGGAUCGAAACUGACGAGAGAAAUUUCGACCACUUCUAAGCGUAAAAUUUCUCUAAAACUUGGCACUUGGGUCAAGACCCGAUGACAAUGCAAUUUGACAAACAAUUUUUAAGGAAUUGAUUAACAUUUCCAUUAUAUAUACGCUUUUCUUUUUAGUUAUUUUAAUAGUGGUUCAUUUUUUUCUCCUUUUAAGUGCAUUAUUACAAAAAUGCUUGUUAUUAAAAAGUUUUUA